CGCGCCUGCACGCACGGCCCCCGCCGCCGCCGCCGCCGCCGCGAGGGGAGAGGCGGCCGCACAGCCUGGUUCUCCGUGCCCUGCUCGCUGCCGCCGCUCGCGCGGCCACCGCUGCUAGCCCUCGCCUGGCCGAGCGCACCCGCUCGGGCACACGCACCCCACCGCCGGGCGCACCCCCGCGCACUCCUCCCGCGGCUCCGCCGGGCGCCCGAGUCGGGCAGAUGCGCCGCCGCUCGCCCCCCGCCCCGGGCCCGCCACCGUGUUCCGCUGCGCGCUGGAGGUUCCUCUCCCGGGCCCCCCUGGGUGCCCUCGGUCUCGGAUUCCCGCCCGCUCCUUGGAAUAACCCCUGAGGCUUCAGGCUUCGCCGCAAAGUUUCCCGAGGAGACCCGCCUCCCCGGCCGCUGCGCAGGUGAGCAGGCAGGGAGUGGGCUCAAAGAAGGGCUCCUUUUUGGACAGACAAGACCAGGGAGUGAAACAGGAACAACGCAUCCUCCCCACCUCCUCAGCCAGAAAACCUUCUCUACAAACAGGAGCAGCGAAGCAGGACUGAGCUCCCACCCACCACGCAUCUUCCCAAAGGGGGGCCUGCAGGGCCUGACAGCUCAACGGCACAUGUCAGCAGCUCCAGCCCCACGGUGAACAUAGGAACUCCUCGGCAGGGUAGCAGACCUCCUCCCCUCCGGAGACACAGCCUGAGUGGCAGGAAUACCAAUUCUUUGGAGAGUGGCUCCCUCUCAGCUCUGUCAUGCAAGAACGCUCUCUGCUCUGAACCCAUUCUGCCAAGUGACUUAAAGGGAUUAAAAAAAAAAAAAAAAAAAAAGAAAUCUUGGUAAACAAAAAGGGGGCAAAAGCCUUUCAGAAGAGGUGGCGGCCUACAGACAAAGGGCACGAGUUGAAAGAGGGCCGAGGAAGUAGAAUCUGCAGAGGCCACCUUCUCCAGGCUGGGCGCUGGGCCAGAGGGCAUGCUCAAGAAGCAGGGAGUCAGAACACCCUCAGGCCACCCUCGGGAGUCCUGGGGCCGCAGGGGACACCCCUGUGCACCUGGUACACACGCCCCUUACUCUAGGGGGAGAAGCCAGCAGCACCUGCGGCCUAAGGCCCCCAAGAUGCUGCUUGGGACUUGCAGCUGCGUCUGAAUACAAGGAACCAGGAGACCAAGCACAGAUCUCCUCCCUGAGCUCCAGGGAACCCUAGCACCACCUAUCGUCCUUGCUCUGGGUCUGUGCCCCAAGUGGUGUGCAGCCUGAGAGGACCUUGGGCCGAGAAUGUGAGUGCAGCCUGGGCACAUCGCUUCCCAAGGGGUGACUUCGGCAGGAACCUCUGGAGCAGCAACCCUAGUCAGACCCAGCGGGCUGGGGGCAGCAGCAGCAGAGGUGUUGGGUUCCAGGUCAGGUGGGCCCAGCUCCCCCAUCUAUCCACCAUGGUGGUGGCACACCCCACCGCCACCACCACGCCCACCACCACCAUCACAACCACUGUCAUGAUGACUACGGCCACCAUGGACCUGCGAGACUGGUUGUUCCUUUGCUAUGGGCUCAUUGCCUUCCUGACAGAGGUCAUCGACAGUACCACCUGUCCCUCCGUGUGCCGCUGCGACAACAGCUUCAUCUACUGCAACGACCGGGGGCUCACCUCCAUCCCCGCCGACAUCCCCGAUGAUGCCACCACGCUCUACCUGCAGAACAACCAGAUCAACAAUGCCGGCAUCCCCCAGGAUCUCAAGACCAAGAUCAAUGUGCAGGUCAUCUACCUGUACGAGAACGACCUGGACGAAUUCCCCGUCAACCUGCCCCGUUCCCUGCGGGAGCUGCACCUGCAGGACAACAACGUGCGCACCAUUGCCAGGGACUCGCUGGCCCGCAUCCCACUGCUGGAGAAGCUGCACCUGGAUGACAACUCUGUGUCUACCGUCAGCAUCGAGGAGGACGCCUUCGCCGACAGCAAGCAGCUCAAGCUGCUCUUCCUGAGCCGGAACCACCUGAGCAGCAUCCCCUCGGGGCUGCCCCACACGCUGGAGGAGCUGCGGCUGGAUGACAACCGCAUCUCCACCAUCCCACUUCAUGCCUUCAAGGGCCUCAACAGCCUGCGGCGCCUGGUGCUGGAUGGCAACCUGCUGGCCAACCAGCGCAUCGCAGAUGACACCUUCAGCCGCCUGCAGAACCUCACGGAGCUCUCCCUGGUGCGCAACUCGCUGGCUGCCCCGCCCCUCAACCUGCCCAGUGCCCACCUGCAGAAGCUCUACCUGCAGGACAAUGCCAUCAGCCACAUCCCCUAUAACACGCUGGCCAAGAUGCGUGAGCUGGAGCGUCUGGACCUGUCCAACAACAACCUGACCACUCUGCCCCGUGGCCUGUUUGAUGACCUGGGGAACCUGGCCCAGCUGCUGCUCAGAAAUAACCCCUGGUUCUGCGGCUGUAACCUCAUGUGGCUGCGGGACUGGGUGAAAGCACGGGCAGCCGUGGUCAAUGUGCGUGGCCUCAUGUGCCAGGGUCCCGAGAAGGUCCGGGGCAUGGCCAUUAAGGACAUCACCAGCGAGAUGGAUGAGUGCUUUGAGACAGGGUCGCAGGGUGGCGCAGCCAACGCAGCCGCCAAGACCACGGCCAGCAACCAUGCCUCUGCCACCACACCUCAGGGCUCGCUGUUUACCCUCAAAGCCAAAAGGCCAGGGCUGCGCCUCCCUGACUCCAACAUUGACUAUCCCAUGGCCACAGGUGACGGUGCCAAGACCCUGGUCAUCCACGUGAAACCCCUGACAGCAGACUCCAUCCGCAUCACGUGGAAGGCCUCACUCCCUGCUUCCUCCUUCCGCCUCAGCUGGCUGCGCCUGGGCCACAGCCCAGCCGUGGGCUCCAUCACAGAGACCCUGGUGCAGGGGGAUAAGACAGAGUACCUGCUGACAGCCCUGGAGCCCAAGUCCACCUAUGUCAUCUGCAUGGUUACCAUGGAGACCGGCAACACCUAUGUGGCGGACGAGACACCUGUGUGCGCCAAGGCAGAGACGGCUGACAGCUACGGCCCCACCACCACGCUCAAUCAGGAACAGAAUGCCAGCCCCAUGGUGGGCCUGCCCCUGGCAGGUAUCAUUGGUGGCGCCGUGGCUCUUGUCUUCCUCUUCCUGGUCCUGGGGGCCAUCUGCUGGUAUGUGCACCAGGCCGGUGAGCUGCUAACCCAGGAAAGGGCCUACCACCGGGGCAGCAGGAAAAAGGAUGACUAUAUGGAAUCAGGGACCAAGAAGGAUAACUCCAUCCUGGAAAUCCGCGGCCCUGGGCUGCAGAUGCUGCCCAUCAACCCAUACCGCGCCAAAGAGGAGUACGUAGUCCACACCAUCUUCCCCUCCAACGGCAGCAGCCUCUGCAAGGGCACGCACACCAUCGGCUAUGGCACCACGCGGGGCUACCGGGACGCCGGCAUUCCUGACAUAGACUACUCCUACACGUGAUGCCGCAGGGCCGCCCCAGCCCCCACCUCAGUCCCCGGCUGUCCUAGUACAGCCACACGGCUUUGCCCAGCCUGCUGCAACCCCAGAGAGCUAGGAACAGAAAUUCUACCAAUGACCUUCCCAGCAGAAAGCAAAUUUGACGAUUUUGUAGAAAACAACGGUAAACAUUUUUUUUUUUUUUUAAGAAUAAAAGGCAGGGGGUGGCGCCUGUGGCUCAGUGGGUAGAGCGCUGGCCCCAUAUACUGAGGGUGGCAGGUUUGAACCUGGCCCCCGGCCAAACUGCAACAAAAAAAUAGCCGGGCAUUGUGGUGGGCGCCUGUAGUCCCAGCUACUCGGGAGGCUGAGGCAAGAGAAUUGCCUAAGCCCAAGAGCUGGAGGUUGCUGUGAGCUGUGACGCCACAGCACUCUACCAAGGGCGACAAAGUGAGACUAUGUCUCUAAAAAAAAAAAAAAAAAAAGAAUAGAAGGCAGGAGGGGGUUCAACGUUGUUGAAGACAUAAUUUAUGCUGGUUGGGGAGGGAAAGACUAAAAAUAAUAGGAAGGGUUGGAAGUUUUUUUUUUUUCCUAAACUGGAAAGAUACUACCUGUAACAACGUCUGUGUACACCUCACACUCUGUUCAGGACGGUCACAAAGGAACAUAGGGAGGGAGAAGCAGCCGACAGGUGAAGCAGCAACGCCCCUGCGUGGCUCUCCCUCUGCCGGCUGCUCGCUGGUGCCGUGACGGAAGGUUUGCAGGCUCCUCACAAUGAGAGAGGGGAAGAAGAGACCUUUUGCUAUGGAGACAUUGUUCUGAAAUCUCUUCCUUGGUCUAUUCCAUAUCAUUUUCCUUACAGAUUUGCAGAAAUAUGGCAUCUUUCACUGCAUUCUUUGAACAAUAAUAGUCAAUUUUAAAACACACACACACACACACACACACACACACUCUUUUUUCCCCUAUGCUGAAACCCUCUUCAGCUCUACGUACCACCCUCCAUAGGAGCUCUGAUGGAAGCUGUCACUUUUCCUGCCACCUGGAGGUGCAUCUGGGUGCCUGUCUAUCUGUGUGGUGUCUCCAGGUACAGAUGGGUAGACAGAGCCGAUAUACAGUCCCUACCAUACUUUUGGGUCAGUUUUUCCAUUUCCUGAGAUAAUAGAAUUACGAAAAUGUUGCUUUCUCCUAGAAAUUACUGCGUAAGUAGACAAGGUGCUGGGGACGGCAGUGAGGUGAAGGGUGGAGACUCAGUCUCCUGGGGCAGGGUGGGGGAUAUUGCUGUUCCUAAAGGCUGAGGCACGUGGGUCCCAGACCAGUGGCUUAGGGAGGGACAGGGCAAGGGGUGAGAUAGGGCAAGUUCCGUCCUAUCUCAGCUUGGCCAGAAAAUCUUUCUUCAACUGCCCGCAUCCCCAUGGCCUCACCCUAAAACACACAGAUGCUAUCACCUUACCAGCUACUUUCUAUAUGUUAUGUGCUGCCUCCUGGGACCUGUAAUUAGUGCAGAAAGGAUUUUUUUUAAAUAUCAGCUGAAUGGGGCAGUGCCUAUGACUCAAGGAGAGGGGUGCCGGCCCCAUAUACCGGAGGUAGCAAGUUUAAACCUGGCCCCGGUCAAAAACUGCAACCAAAAAAAAAAAAAAAGAAAUAUAUCAGCUGAUUAAACUUAUUGGUUUCCAUGGCUGCUCAAACAAAGUCCCCCAAAAAGACACAAAAAUCCUCAGAAAAGCCCUGGGUAACAGCAGCCCCUCCCUGUGCCUAUUCCUGGGACUCUGCAUUCGAGAGAGAAAGGGACCAGAUCUCUUUCUAAAAAUGCCUGCCUCCAGCAGGGUACUGGCCAGGGGCCCUCAGAAGAGUUAAGAUUUUAUUUUGUCCCCCUGGAAUCAAUGUCACUGUCAUUUAUCAACUGACAAUGUAGUGUGGUGAGCCAUGAGAUUAAAAUGAUGAUGAAAUAAUGACAGUGAAUCUGGAAAGGGGAGAAGGGCGGAUGGAGCCCAGGGUUCUGACGGUGCCUGUGUCCCUGUACUCGGGGAGCUUGGGUCACUGUCUGUCAACACGACGCUCAUCCUGCACCGGGGAAAAGCGCCAUCAAAGAGGAGCUGCUGGUCUGAGGGCAGGAGGAUGAGAGGGUCCUGCUCCUGGUGGUGGUGUUUUCAAAAGGCCUCUGCCAGUUCGACAAAAGCAAAGGCAGAAGAGGAGGCUGGGCAGUGGUGACAUGAAAGGAUCCGGCCGCUCCAUCAGUGAGGAGGUGGGGUUGGAAGUCAAGGAUACCACAGGGAAGUGGAAAAGGAGA